UUCAGUGAGAUGCGUCCAGGUUUUUUGUUAGGGACUGUCAUAGUGGUGGUGUUAAUCUACCAUUUAUGUGAGAUUGAUGCGAAACGUUCGGGUGGUGGAAGAAGCAAAAGUAGAGGCUCGUCAGGGUCAUUGUGGACUCGUAAAAAGACGAGCUCCGGAUCCACCUCCUCGUCCAGUGCAAAUGUGCCUAAACCAGUACCAAAUUCGUAUCCUAAACAGGCCGCGCCCGCACCUGCACCAAAACCAGCUCCAGCACCAGCCCCCGCACCAAAGCCAGCACCAGCACCCGCCCCGGCCCCAGCUCCCAAGCCUUCUGCACCUGUCCAAGAGCACGCUGUGAAGAAGGAACAAGCUGGUGUGCAACAGAGCAGUCCAGAUCAAAAGCCCAUCGGAUGGAAUGUCAAUCAACAGCCAGCAUCCAGCCAGAACGCCUACAAGAACGCACAAAACCCUCCACCCUAUGGUGCCCCAGGUCAUGCUGCUCCGCCAUACGGUCAAGCUCCCCCAGCAUACGGAGCUCCAGGACACGCGUCACCGCCUUAUGGACAAGCGCCACCGCCUUACGGAGCCCCAGGGCAUUCACCCCAAGGAUACGGUCAAGCGCCUCCACCGUACGGUGCUCCAGGACAAGCGUACAAUCCUCAUGCUGCACCUCCACCGUACUCCCAAUAUCCGAACCAAAACAUGGGUUAUCAGCAACCGGGAAUGGGUUACAAUAACAUGGGUGGUAUGGGGCACAAUAUGGGUGGAAUGGGAUAUAACAAUAUGGGUGGAAUGGGAUACAACAAUAUGGGCGGUUAUAACAACAUGGGAGGUAUGGGCUACCCUCAACAAAAAAGUAGUGGAUUUCUAGGGGGGCUUUUCGGCGGAAGAAGUGGUUAUGGUGGAUAUGGAAACAUGGCUGGCUAUGGAUACGGUUAUGGAAUGAAAAAAUCCGGAGGUUUCUUCGGAAAACACGCCUUCAGAAAUAUUCUAGGCGGUAUGGUGCUGUGGUACGUGGUCUCCGGACUGUUCAGGCGUCCAUACAAGGUUUACAACUACUACAACCAACCAGAAACGACUGAACAAAUACAACUACCAGCCAACGUGUUAACAUUAUGUGACGACAACUCGACAAAUAUUUGCGUGCCUGGAAGCACGGCGAUUUGCACCACCAACAGCACCAUCCUAUGCGUCACGACAAUGACGGCGGCACAGCCUUGCCCGGAACAAAACCAGGCACUUUGCGUCAACACCACGAUACCAUGCAUCGACAAAGAUGAUCCUUUGUGUCAGAACGCAACGGCGGGUGCGAACUCGACCAAUUUAAAUCUACCAUGUUUUGCAAACGUAACUGCGGACGUUAAUCUCUUGGAUUAUGCGAACAGCGGUGGCGCAAAACCGGCGGGGCAAGACUACAGUUACUGUGUUACUACUAUGGCAGUACCAGGUCCGGAAGAACCGAAUUGUCCGGAAACGGCUGACACAAAUCCAGAUAAUUCCACGACACCUAAUCCUGCUUGUGUCAAGCCAAAAACUGAGCAAGUUCCUGUACCUCCACCGAUAUCUCCGAUGUAUAAUGGCACAAAUACGGGGGAUGUUGUCAACCAAAAUCAAGAAAAGUCGCCCGUCACUAUUGGAAUUGUACCGCCGGUAGAAACGCUUGUCAAUGGGUCGCUUCCAGUCACAUCUGGAGCUGCCUAAACACUAAAUUUGGUGGCGUAUUAUUUAGACUUUGUUAAGUAGGAUAGGAUAAAUAAAAUAUUUUAGUAUGUUAAUUUUAAAAAUAAUAAAAUAUAUGUAUUAUAAAUGUUA